UGGAUGCUAAUUAGGGGGCGGGGCUUAGCACAGGUGAGCGCGGAUUUGAAUUUAGGCAUUAAACAAACAGAGCUGGGUGAAAUGUAAUGAACUGCGUUAGCUUUAGCUAAACUUUUACUAAACAUUUCUGAGGCUUAGCUAUGUAUAGCUAUGUGUAUGUAUAGUUAGAGUUUUUGUUGUUAGAGCCUUAUAAAGCCGGUGUUUCUUAGAGAAUGAGCGGCAGAAAGCUGAAGGUGGUGGGAGGGUUAAUGAAAGUCCCUGAGAGAGAGUUAAUGGGCGACAUUUUGUUGCGCGAGAGCACCGAACCGUCGCUUCCGGUGCACGUGAAUAUCGGAAAGCUGCUCAGGACGGAAGAUGGACAGUACAUGGACAUGGAGGACAGAGACGAUGCCGCCAAGAAAAGACAGCUAGCCAACGCCAAAGAGCGGCUCCGGGUGCGCAGUCUGAACAGCAUGUUCUCCUACCUGAGGCGGAUUGUGCCCGUGAUGCCCCGAGACCGCAAGCCCAGUAAAGUGGACAUGCUGAAGGCAGCGACCGAGUACAUCCGCCUGCUGUCCUCCGUGCUCAGCGACACCUCGGCACACAGCAACGGAGUUUCGAGCGAGCUGCUGGAGAGCAUGAGCAACUAUUCCCACUCAGACGACAGGUGUGCUGACCUGUGGAGUGUGGAUGACGUGCUUGACUCUCUGUCCAAUCCGUCUUUAUCGGUUACGGCUCCGUCCGUCGCUACGGCAGCAGAAGCGGAUGAGAUCGAUCUGAGCAGCAUGACCGUGCAGUGUGCCGUCCCUGUCUACAUCAUACAGGUCGGCUCUGACCACACGCUGAGGAGUUUUUACUGAGACAGCACGGUCCAAUACCAAAGGAUCAGUGGCGGCCCGAUAGCAGCAAAAACACGGUGGAUCAGAUAUCAGCGAGAAAAAAGAUUGAAUUUGAUCCGAUACUGUAACAAAUGGAAAAGAUUGGAAUUAGAUUUGGAACAGAUAUUUUUUUAGACUUGACUGUGGUUUUUAUUAGCAUUGAUUUUGAUCAUAUUUAUAAUUUUUACUUUAUUAUGUUUGUAAUAUUUUCAGUGUAAAUGAUUUUUGUGUGAAAGCUGUGGUUUUGUGGCAGUUAGCUUUUAGCUAUGACUAUUAUCCUGAGUUUUUUAUGUGCUUAAGUUUAAAAAAAAAAAAAUUAAGCUUAGUAGAAAAACAAAAAAAAAAUAUAUAUAGGAUGAGUAUCAACAUCGACAGGUUUCGGUAUCAGUAUUGGAAAAGAACAAGUGGUAUCAUGCCAGCUGUAGUUUUAACACUGUGUGGUUUCACAGUAUCAUGACAAGCUGUGUCUUAUUAAAUACGAGAGAGAGAGAGAGAGAAAGAGAGAGAGAAAAGAGAGGCUGGUGAGGGAACAACUGUUUAUAGCUGCUAUAACGUAAGUGACAACAGGAACUAACUUGCUUCACUGAUGUUUCACAACAUUGUAUAUAAUAAUAAUUGGAUUGAAAGUAUGAUGUCUUAUUCUUUAAUAAAUACAAAAUUGUAACUUGUAGUGAAUUGCUGUGGUUUAAGCAGAAUAAAACACUUGGGGACAUGCUGUUAUAGGAAAAUAAUCAGUGUCAGGGUGGUAACAGUAACUCUGCUUCAUCACGCCAGCCUCUUGUUAAUUAGUUUCCUAUAACAGCACAACAUGGAGUGUUUCAUUCCUUACAUCAUUUAUUGGAUUUUUUUUUUUUGGAGCUGAAGGAUUCAUACCGGAUGCUUUCGUCACACACUGCAAUAAAAUCCAGGAUCUAGAAGCCUCCAAUUUCCUUUCUCAUCAUUUUCUCUGAACGGAUUUGAAGAAUUGAUGCGUCUUUUAUCGAUUUCCGGGCAGGGCGUAGGACUGAGGGUUCGAGGAGGCAUCAGUUACAGUAUCGGAGUAGGUUCAGGGAAGGCUCUAAAAUUACAAACUGCUCCUUUAAAAUAUUACACAGCCCCAG